AUGCUUCGAAUUCACUUACAAUGUUUUCCUCUUUUCCUUUCAGAUCUGCGAACAGCAUUCGAUCUCUUGGACAGAAAUCGCGAUGGUCGCGUGACAGCAAAUGAGCUGCAAUUUAUGUUAAAAAAUCUUGGUAUAAAUGUGCGAGACGAAAUCAUACACGAUCUCAUACGGGAAGCAAGCCAUUCUGGAAAUGGGUUAAUAAACGAGGCUGAAUUCCUGCAAUGGGUUGGGCGCAUUCAGGCGAUACGCGACGAACAGCAACAGCAGCAACAACAGCAUGAAGAAAAUGCAAGUAAACCAGAAGAGAAUGAUGAUGUCACCGAAGAUUUAAUCGCCGCAUUUAGGGUAUUUGAUCGGGACGGCAAUGGUUUCAUUACCCGCGACGAACUACAAACCGCCAUGGAGAUGAUUGGCGAACCUCUCUCAGAAGCACAACUCACACAAUUAUUGGCUAUUGCCGAUUUGGAUCAAGAUGGCCGAAUUAAUUACGAAGAAUUUACGAGACUUUUACUUUAAAGUGCUGAACGCCUGUAUCCUUACAAACAAAUAUUAGUGACGCAACAACAAACCAACUGCAAAGGCAACAAAAAAAAUAUAUAUAUGCUAACUUUAUAUA